AUGGCGGACCCAAAAUAUUCUGAAUUAGCUGGAAACACGUAUGAUCAGGUUGACGAUGCUAAACUUGUUUACGAAACAAGUGAUCUGCCAGAAUCAGAGCAAAUGCCGAUGUACUGUGAGGAUGAACCUGACAGCUCCUGCGUGGAACAGUUACAUAUUAGUGCUAAAGAAGCAUUCAACAAGUUUAAAGGCAAACAAAUUAUUGGAAAGAAUGUCGAUUUUUCAGAUCGCUUAUCAUACAAGCCUAGAACAGGAUACAAAUUUGGAGAUUGGGAUUGGGAACUAGUUAGUCAAGGUGAAAAGGAAUCUCCUCUACAGAAGUACCAACGAUUGCAAUGUGAAGUUAAAGAGUUAUAUGAAGAAGUGAAUGAGUUAAAGGAAAAAUCUAAAGAUGACCAAGAGAUCAAGUUUGCAAGUGAGAUUAUUUCUCAGACACAACAGGUAGAAAAGCAGUUAGUCUCCUUAAAACUAGAAGAAUGUUUAGGACCUGAUGUUGUGGCAAGUUUAUCAGAUCCACAAGGCACUAUGCUUAAGCAAUUGAUAUCACAGAUAGAGUUAUUUAAGCAAACCAACAUGCCUACGUCUAAGACAUCUUCGGAAGAUACGAAAAUUGAUGAAUCAGCUGAACGAGGUGUUCUGAAGUAUCAGAUGAUGUACUUACCAGAAAAGGCAAGAAUGCAAGAAGUUGCCAGGAUUGCACAACUGGAACAGAGACUCUGUUGCAUGGAAAAUCUCAUAGGUACAAGUAAUGACAAGCUCUCUAAAUUUUCACAGUAUUUAAAAUCCCAGGGCAUAAUGGAUGCUGUACAGCAGCUAGAAGCAAAGGCUUCGUUGUUGGAUGUUAAUCAAUUGGAUACUAUUGAAACAAGAUUAGGUACAUUGAUUUACCGGAUGGAUAGCAUUGCACAGAAAAAAGCGGCCACAGCACAAGAUUCGGAACAAGAACAGAAGAUUUCAGAGAUGUAUGAAGUAAUGAAGAAAAUGGACACUAUGUCACAAAUUUUGCCGCAAACCGUAAAUAGACUUGUAGUGCUAAGCGAGAUUCAUCAACAAGCUGCUAAUUUCAACAAAGCUUUAAUGAGAUUAGAAGAACUGCAAGCAGAAAUCACGUCAAACUUGGAAAGUAAUAAAUCUCUGUUGAAGGGAGUACAGGAAAGCUUUGCCUCCAACAUGGAAACUAUAAAAAGUAAUAUAGCACUGUUGGACGAGCGUGUUAAAAAACUUAAGAAGUGAUUAAAUGGAUGUAUUAAAUCUAGUUACGAAUACUUUGCUAGAUCGAUUCCAUUUUCUCAAAUCGCUUUAUUUAGAACACUCAUGCUCCUAUGAAAUUAAAUUAUUGUUUAUUAUUUAAUAAUUUUUUUCGAAUCACGCAAUUGUUUUAUUCAUUAAUUCUUUUUUAAUACUUUGAGUACACGAAUACUCUAUUUUUCGCAGUGGUAUAGUGUAUAAAAUAUGAGCCUAUUAUCUAAAAGUUGUUUUGGUAUAAAGCACAAACGAGAUAUAUCACCAUAUAUACACACACACAAACACACACACAUAUAUAUAUAUAUAUACACAUACAUAUAUAUAACAUGCGAACUAAAAUGAACUGAAAUUCUAAUAAAAAAAAACCUGCAAAUUUUAUUUAAUGUUACAUGAUGUGGGUGAAAUUCUCUGGCUUAUAUUAAGUGUAACUUAAUCAGUUAAUUCCUGUACAAAAUAAAAUGUAUCAAUUAAAAAUAUAAAAAUUCAAUACAAUUUUGGUAUAGGAUGAUAAGAUUGAAAAAA